AUGGCACAGACUGCGGUUACUAGACUGCAACAGCAUCACCAGCAACAGCGCGAAGAGACGAUCAUCAGAGAUGCCAGGAUCAGAUUGGAUCUGAAGAAGACAUUCAUGGACGAUGAGCUUUUUUUCCCCGAAAACAAACUCUCACCUGGAUCUAGUAUGAACAUCACAGGAACUAGGGACUCUGAGAAAAACAGUGGAAAUUUGCAAGCGAUGCUCAGGUUGAACUUGCCCUUGGGAUCCAAAACCGAAAAUGGCAAGACUUCGUCAGAAACAAAUGGACGUUUUGUCAGCCAGCAAUACUACCAAAAUCAGCUGUUAGCAGCUGUCCAGCAGCAGCAGCAACAACAUCAGCAACAUCAGCAACAUCAGCAGCAGCAUCACCACCAUCAAAGACAACAGAGACAGCCUUAUCACCAGAACCCAUAUCUGAACAAUUCUGGAUUCCAGAUGUACGCAUCACAACACGACGUGGGCACCGCAAAAGGGCACAGAGAUUGGUAA